CUGGCUGGUGCAGAGUGAGAUUCUUGGAAUUGAAUUUUGAAGUUGAGUUUGAUUUUUGGUCGGACGGAAUGUCGACAGUGGGUAAUCGCCGUUCGUCGUUGUCGUCGUCGACAACUUCGUCUCUGGCUAAGCGACAAGCCUCUUCGUCGGAGAAUACUGGGAAGGCCGCUGCUUCCAGGGCCAAGAAGCGAGCGCCUCUCGCCAACAUCACCAACCAAAAGAAUGGGUCGAGAAGCUCGGUUGCGUCCUCUGCUUUGGUACCAUGUUCUUCAAACAAAGUCACCAAGGCAAAGAAGGCACAACCUGCCAGUUUUAGCAAAACGGGCUUCUCAGGAAACGUUCUGUCCGCAUCUGCAAAUGUAAAACCCAGUUCAAUUUUUCCCCCCAAGAUCACACCUUUGUUAAGAGAUGAUGAAAUCACUACUAGCAGUAUUGCUAGCAUUCCUGUCCCCCGCAGCAUGGAUGUGGCUGAAGAAUAUAGGCUUGUACCAGAUACUCUAUAUUUGACAGUGAACUACAUAGAUAGGUAUCUUUCUGGGAAUGUUAUGAAUAGGCAACGACUACAGUUGCUUGGAGUUGCCUGUAUGAUGAUUGCUGCAAAAUAUGAGGAGAUUUGUGCACCCCAAGUGGAGGAGUUUUGCUACAUAACUGACAACACAUAUUUCAAGGAGGAGGUUCUGGAAAUGGAAUCUGCUGUUUUGAAUUACUUGAAGUUCGAAAUGACAGCUCCAACAGCUAAAUGUUUCUUAAGACGAUUUGUUCGUGCUGCUGCUCAGGAGAUUAAUGAGGUUCCACCAAUGCAGUUGGAGUGCUUGGCCAACUACAUCACUGAAUUGUCUCUCCUUGAGUACAGUAUGCUUUGCUAUGCUCCAUCGCUUAUUGCAGCUUCUGCAAUUUUCUUGGCCAAAUUUAUACUUCUUCCUUCAAGGAGACCAUGGAAUUCGACAUUACUUCAUUACACGCUUUACACCCCCUCUGACUUGAUAGACUGUGUCAAAGAUCUUCAUGGCCUUUGCUGUAACAGCCUUAAUUCUACUUUACCUGCGAUCAGAGAGAAAUACAGUCAGCAUAAGUACAAAUGUGUUGCAAAGAAAUAUUGCCCUCCUUCGAUACCUCUGGAGUUCUUCCACAACGAAAUCCACUAGCACCGGUGGCGGUUGUUGCUCCGAUGCUCUUGUUGGACUAACUUGAAGAGUUGUCUGUGUCAAUGGCUGCUUUUCCCGAGCUGAGGAAAUUCACACUGUGUUACUUCUUUUGAAAGCAGAGUUGUGUGUACACUUACUUGCUGAUGGGAAUUGGAAAAGUCCAUGUUUAUGGAAUCAUGAUCUUGAAUGAUA